UAUGCGAUGCGUCAAGAAUGGCCAAUAUAUCAUUCAUUCCCAGUCUGUAGAGGGAGCUGUACAGAGGCACAUCGGUCCAAUGUGAAAUAUAUCCAUAGAUACAUAUGUGACCUACCUAUCUACCCUCUGCUACCUACAUAAUACCAUAGUAGCAUGCCAUUUAGAGUGGGGAUGAAGCGGAUCGCGUCAUGAAAUGAUGAUGCUGUAAGGAUCCAGCAAACCGAUAAAUAGGUUAGUAGGUGCCUACUUGGCAUGGGAACUCUCCCAACGAUAUCACUCAAUAUGUAUGUAGAUCUGCGAUCGCUGGGUCCUACGUGCAUACAUACUUACAUAUGUAGGGACAUAGUGAUCUGGGUCUUUCAAAAAGGGCAGUCCAGCAUAUUUACUAGCAGCAAAUCUGGCAGAUACAUAUUAAUAUGAGAUCGGAACCAAGAUAUAGCAGCAAUUGAAGGUCACGACAUAACGUAACUAACGGCUUGGCGCAUAAGAAUGAUCCGCGAGGUUGUGUCGCUGCGUUGCUUCAAGUUCGAACGAACCGAUUAUGCCGGGUUUUGCAAGGCUCUCCUCUAUAUGUACAAAGUCAUCGUCCGGGUUCAUUCGAUCGAUUACACAUGACAAGCCUGUUGCCGAUGCUGAUGUUGAUGUUGGUGCUGGUGCUGGUGGGUGCUGUUGGAGGAGGAGGGGAGAGCUGUCUCGGAAGCCGGAAAUGGGGACGAUCUAGUCGCCCCACCACACACCGUUACAUGCCGUUGUCGUAUUACGCGGGGGGUGGAUAUUAUUUCAUUUAUAAUCGUCUUGUAUUUCCAGAGGAUUAUUGCCAACGCAACCGGGGAAAACUGGCGAGUGAAUGCAAGAGCCUUCUUUGAAAAGACCA